GUAAAUGUCCACAACGCACAAACGAACGCCAGGGUCCAGACGCCGCUUCAUCACCUGCACAGGAACCGUCGGCGUCUUUGAUCCAGAUGUCUGUCCGAAGUCUCUCCAAACCCGUCGUUUCUGAAGUAAACAAAGAUGGCGGCACGGAAACACUGGCGCUAAGUGUGCUGUUGCUAGGCGGACGGCAGAGUGGGCGGAGCUCUGUGGGGAACGCUCUGAUUGGUGGUGCUGUUUUCCGCUCAGGUCCGGGUUUCGGCGGAGUCUCCGUCACCUCACGUCCGCAGCGCGUCUCCCGGACUUUCCCGCGGUACUUCCGACGAAAUGGGGCGGAGUCACACCUGUCGCUACGGGUGAUAGACACGCCUCCCGCUAAGCCCCGCCCGCAGGAAGUACGCGCAUUCUGUCCCGACGGCGUGCACGCGAUCGUGAUGGUGGUGAGAGCGGAUCUGAUCGGCGAGGAAACACAACUGGAGAGGGAAGCAGAGAGCCUUUUUGGUCCAGACUGGUUCAAACACUCGCUUCUCGUCCUGACUCACGUCGACGAUCUGAAAGAGGCGGGGCUACAGCCGUCGCUCUUCCUCGCGCAGGCCCCUGAUUGGCUGAGAGCGCUGGCUGACAGGGCGGCGGGCGGGGUUUUGUUCGUGGACAGCGGCUCUGAUUGGCCAUCGCUCACGGGAGAGCCAAUCAGAGAGAGAGUUUUAAGUCUGUCUGCGAGAAAUCACCAUCAGACGCUCGCUGUGAUUGGACUCGACGUGAAAGACGGCGCUCGACUUUCAUGACGUGUUUUUAUGUCGAUUUUUGGAUUGGGAAACAAAACUUAUAUACCGUAUUUUUUGGAGUAUAAGUCGCGCUGGAGUAUAAGUCGCAUCAGCCAAAAAGUGCAUAAUAAUUAAGAAAAAAAACAAACAUAUUUCACGUAUAAAUCGCACCUGAGUAUAAGUCGCACCCCCGGACAAACUAUGAAAAAAAAGCGACUUAUAUUCCGGAAAAAAACGGUAUAUUAAAACAUUCCUGGAGUUGCGUUUUGUUUCAGAAAUGGAAAAUAUUUACACUUUUUUUUCUAAAUGGCUAAAUUGAUUAAACAUUCUAUCUCAUCACUUUUGACCCCCGGACUCGACGCUUCAUUCAUAGAACCACAGUUACAUAGUUAACCUUCUUCUCCUGUUCUCCUGCUUUUCUUGAACUUGACGUUGCAACACUGGAAUUUUCUUCAUUCUGGGACAAAUAAAAGUUCUCUUAUCUUGUUUUACCCAGGCCUGUCACGAUAACGCAUUUUUGAAGUUUGACGUAUCGCAGAAGUGAAUAUAGACGAUAAACGAUAAAACGGAAACUAAUUUACGCCACUGUCAACAAAAAACAAAAAAACAAC